GAAAUGAUCCAGAUUUGCAAGUGAACCCCUCCCUCUUAGGUUUUCUUUCUUUCUCACAAACAUCACAAACUGAUUCUUCUGAUGCCUCAUGCUCUACAAAUUAAUACAGAAGGGAAUGGGGAUGCAAGUGACUUAAGUGUUUUACCUUCUGUGGUAGGUGAAAGUAUUUUAACCCUUUGUUUCAAAUGAAAAGGUAGGGCUGCUUGUGCUGGAUAACAAAGCACAAUGGAUGUGAAGGUCAAAAACUAGGCAUAUACUACAAUGAAACAAAAAGCAUCACCACAUGCAUUUUGAAUACAUAAGCCACUGAAGUAGGUUCAGAAAAGUCAGAAAGUGUUUUAGGUGAAGGGGGUGCCCUAUCUCUGUAGGUAAACCGAGCACACAACUUGUGAAAGAAAAAAACUACAACGGUUGCAGCUGUAGACAACAGGAUCCGAUAACGGAUGCUGUUAACAUCCAUCUCUUCAUCAGGAUCAUCACAAAGCAUUAUCCAUUAAGGGAUGCUCAAGCUUCAUAUCUCUACGUUACUAAAGGUAGCUCCAUGUUUGCAACCACUGGAGGAUAAGCACUUUAUGAUUGUCUAUGCAAUGUUUGCCUGAGCUUUUACACGCCCACAAGUAAAAUUAGAUAAGAAGGUACACAAAAUAAUGUUAUGUUAUUAGAUUGUCAAUUCCCUUAACCAACUUGGAAGUCGAUUCGGUCAGGACAACGAUGAUGCAGUCACUAAUCAUUGUUUUCUUCGACUGAAGCCAUCUUCUAACAGCAGAAAGACAUUUUGAGUUCACCUGAGAGUAUGUAACAAAUUUGAACUGUAUUUGAAGAUAAAACAAGGAAUUGAUAGAUCAUUCGACAAAAGAAAAUUUCACAGAAGGAAGUGGUGAGUGUAGUAUUACAGAUGUUUUAGACUAAUCCGUGCAAGGAAUCGUUCUUAAUCCCAAUGAAGUAACAAAAAAGUGCAACACUGGGGAGGAAGGAAAAGCAAAAAAAGUCAUAAGUGGCAUAAAAUGAAAAUAGAUUUAUAAAUUAUGUCCACUUGUGUCAUAUAGACCAUGGUUUUAUGGAAGUUCCAUUAACAUGUGACGUGUCCUUUAAAUAAUAAGUCGACAAUAUCACUCUGCCACAGUGACACUCACCAACUUCGGCCUUAUUGGGUUUGUUGACAAAUUGACACACCACCUCGUAUCCUUCAUAUCAAACUUUUUCUUUUUCUUUUUUAAAUUUCUAGAAAUUUUCUCAAAAUAUUCGCUCAAUAUUUUCUAUUUAUUUCCAAUUAGACUAAUUAAUUAUAGGGAAAGUGGAAACAAAUAGAAAACCACACCCACCAACCCCACUCUAUAAAAGAGAAAAGAGAACGAGUGUAGUUUAUAUAUAAAGAGAGGAACAGAGUGGUAGUGCUGUUGGAUUCACAAAUGGCUUCAAGGUUGCUGUGGGCUUCAAGGGCUGCUUCCUACCUCAGAAUCCAAGUGACCCACAGAGGGUUUGCUUCUGUUGUGAAGGAUCUUAAGUAUGCCGAUUCUCAUGAGUGGGUUAAAGUCGAUGGAAACUCUGCAACUGUUGGAAUAACUGAUCAUGCUCAAGAUCAUUUAGGUGAUGUUGUUUAUGUUGAGUUGCCUGAAGUGGGGGCUGCUGUGAAGCAGGGUGAAGGUUUUGGAGCGGUUGAAAGUGUCAAGGCAACAAGUGAUGUUUACUCUCCUGUGUCAGGAAAAGUGAUUGAAGUCAAUGAAGAGCUUGGCAACUCCCCUGGUUUGGUCAACUCAAGCCCAUAUGAGGAUGGAUGGAUAAUUAAAGUCGAGAUAAGUGAUAGCGGUGAAGUGAAAAAGCUGAUGGACUCAGAAAAGUACACCAAGUUUUGUGAAGAAGAAGAUGCACAUUGAUUGAUCCAGGCCAAUGGCAGCAGGCACUCCUCACAAAAUGGGUUGCUUGUGCAUAGAAUGUAACAGGGGUAGUCAAAAGUGCAAAUUAAGCUUUCCACAUUUAUUCUGUCUCUUACACCGCUUUUCUUCCUCAUGAGGAAUCAAUUUAUUGGGAUUGUUAUUUCUAUCUGGAUAAUGAAUGAUCAGUUUUGUCGUUCUCCUGUUUGGUCUGUCCUUUGAUGUGGUAGAUGUGGGAUUUUUUAAAUGUUCAUUGCUGAGAAUGAGGUAAAGAGCUACAAGUUGAAGUAGGCAUAAUAUGAAACAUAUUUUCUUGAAAGUCAAUUGUAAUGGGAAAUACAUAUGUUUUUAUAAAUUUGAAUCACAUUUUCUGU